AUGGGGCAGGUCGCUGCCCUCUCUCUGCGCCGAGUGAGCUCCUGCUGCUGGCAGAGGCAACACUGCUGGCCUGGCCCCAAGCCAUGGCCCCCACAGCGCCGCAGCCCCCCGUGGAUCCCUGGUGCGCUCCCCGCCCACGGUCUGUCCUCCACGGCUGCCACCAUCCGCUUCUCGCCGGCCGCCCGCAGCCUCUUCGACGAGCCGCUGGCCAUCGCCGUGCAGGGCCUCGGCCCGCGGCAGCAGGUCACGCUGCGGACAUCCUUGCGGGACGAGGCGGGCGAGCUCUUCGAGGCCCAUGGCUGGUACCAGGCGGCGGACGAUGGGGAGCUGGACCUGGCCCGCUGCCCCGCGCUGCCAGGAGGCAGCUUCAGUGGCCUGGAGCCCAUGGGGCUGCUCUGGGCUUUGCAGCCCCGCAAGCCCUUCUGGCGGCUGGUGAAGAAGGACGUGCAGACCCCCUUCCGCCUGCAGCUGGAGGUGUUUGAGGGCCACGGGGACACCCCCGGGCAGCUCCUGGCCCAGGCCGAGCACGAGCGGGUGUUCCUGCGGGACGGGGUGCGCAGGGUGCCGGUGCGAGAGGGAAGGAUCCGUGCCACGCUCUUCCUGCCCCCCGGUGAGUACUGGCUGUGGCCAUCCUGUUGUUUUUCUAAAAUAAUCAUGUUUAGUCAGUGCAAGCUGUUCUAUGACCUGCAUAAAGAGGAGCCCAUGAAAGCCCCCAUCCUCCCUUCCUCCUAUCUGCUGGUCCCAGUGACCUGUCUGACCAUUGCUCCCAUUCACCUGGCCAUGCAGUUGCCAGGAUAA